CGAAGCUCAGUCUCCUUGAGCAGCUAUCUAGGCUGUACGUAGGACGGAACAGCGGUACAACACUCGUCUCUUCUUCCGAUAACUCCGGACUCCUUGAAUUGAAGGAAGCUGCGAACGGCCUCCCACCGGAGCGGCUGAAGCUUGAGCGAACGAAACACCUCCAACAGACAUCGAUCCUUGUGGUCUGGUUCCGAGCAUCGACCACUAGUGAUCAUGACCUCGCCCUCCGCAAUCCCUUUCCUCGGCAACCUCUCCCUCCCUAUCCCGCCUGCCAUGGACGCGCUCUCAGCUCCCGCACCCCGUUGGGCCUUGCAACUCGCGCACCAGGACGCGCUCGCGCUGUCCGUCGGGGUCGGCACGGUGGUCUAUCUCAUCUUCAAGCGGUUCGAGCCCGUGCUGGUUUACCAGCAUUUCUGGCUGCUCGUCGUGCCCCCCGCGCUCGUCGCGGCGUGCGUGCUCUCACCGCACUACGCGCCCGCCCGCGCGGCCCUCAUCGCGUUCGGGGUGCACUAUGCGACGAUCGCGGGCACUACCUUGUUCUAUCGCGCGGGGCCAUGGCAUCCGCUCGCGCAGUACCCAGGCCCGUACGUGUACCGGCUGUCUAAGAUCGCGCUGGCGUGGCGGACGAGCGACGGGAAGCAAUUCGUACACCUCAGGCGGCUGCACGACCGGUACGGCGACAUCGUGCGCAUCGCGCAAAAUGCGAGUGAGAGCAGGUUUAUGGGCGGGGGAAGCGACCACAUGGUCAUGGUCGUGGUCGCGGUGUGCCCGAACGAAGUUUCGAUCAGGGACUCGUCGGCGAUUAUCCCAGUCCUCGGAACGAAUGGCCUCCCCAAGGGUCCCCACUGGGCGGGGCGCAACAUGACGGACAGCGCGCAGCAGUUGGUGAGCCUCGUCGACAUCCGGGAGCACGCGCGCCGGCGGCGGCCGUGGAACCGUGCGUUCAGCGUGCCUGCGCUCAAGGAGUACGAGGAGUACAUCGCGCGGCGUGCGGAGCAGCUCGUCGAGCUCUUCGCCGCGCACGCGAGGGAGGGCAAGCCUGCGAACGCGGGGAAGUGCGUCGGGUCGUUCACGUAUGACUUGAUGAGUGACAUGGCGUUUGGCGGUGGGUCCGAGCAGAUGCGGGAUGGAGACAAGGAUAGUGUGUGGGCGUUGAUGGAACAGGGCCUCGCAGCGUCGCAGGUCAUGGGCCAUUGCCCUUGGCUGGGCAUUUAUUUGGGUUACGUGCCGUUCGCUGCACGUUUGAUGAAGCAGCUUCUCGAUUACGGCGAGGAGCGCGUACUGGCUAGGGUGAAGAACGGAUCGCUGAAGAGGGAUAUUUUCUACUAUCUGAACAACGAGGACGGCGCGGAGAAGGAGGCGCCACCUCUUUCCACUGUCGCGAUUGACGGGGCGCUUGCAAUUGUGGCAGGAUCUGACACCAGUUCUUGCGUGCUCGCCCAUGCUCUCUACUGUGUUCUCACCCAUCCGGACGUGUACAAGCGUUUGCAGACUGAGGUCGAUGCUUUCUUCCCUCCGGGCGAGAACGCAUUGGAUACCGCGAGGCAUGCUGAUAUGCCAUGGUUGAACGCAGUCAUUAACGAAACUAUGAGAGUGUACCCACCUUUGCCCAGCGGUAGCCAGCGUGCAACUACGCGGGAGACGGGAGGACGUAUGGUGGGCCCAUACUACAUUCCGCCAGAAACGACUGUCAACAUACCCUUCUACGUGCUGCACCACGAUCCACGGAACUUCUCGCCCAAGACUGACAGCUUCUGGCCUGAUCGCUGGCUCAUCGCCUCCAGUGAGCAGAAGUUCAAGGGUGCACCCGGAGAAGAGUUCGUGCACAACACUGCUGCUUUCCUUCCGUUCUCGUACGGACCGGCCAAUUGCGUGGGCAAGGGGCUCGCGAUGCAGGAACUCCGCAUGGUGCUGUGUCUGCUCGUCCAGAAACUGCAUCUGCGCCUUGCGGAUGGAUGGGACCCGAAAGUCUACGACGAGCAGAUUCUGGAGUGGCUGGUCAUGAUCAAGCCGUAUUUGCCCGUGGUCGUCGAACGCCGGCCUGGGCCUGUGCAUUAGGGCGGCUGUGUGGGUGUAGGAAUAAGGAGUGAU